UGUUGCCUUGGUUACCAUCGACAAUGCCAUCUGAGAUAUAAGGUAAUCAACUGAUUAAGGCAUCUCAGUGGAUAUCAGUGGCUAUCAGCCAUUAUUUUGCGUCAGUCUAACACGUAAGCUAGUUCUGUGUCGGCUUCAUCUGUGGUCCAGAAGACGGAAUUGUUUAAGUCACUUCGGUUUGUGAGUUAAGUGAUGUGGGAGUAGGAAUUAUGGGGCAGAGAAGGAUAGAUCUGACGCGACUGCUGUGAACGCCUUUUUGCAGACAAGUUACGAUGGGGUUCUGGCACUCGAAACCUCAGAAGAAGGCUGACGAGGGUGAGACGGUGAAGCCGAAGAACAUAGAUCCGGAGGAGGCUGUCGUCAACAGGAUUAGGAAAACCCUUUCUCAGGACCUGGAGACCUUCCUACUCAACAACAUUCUUCUGUCCGUCCACUUCUUCGAAAACUUCGAUCGGGAAGUGGGAAACCUCAGGGUGAGCCCAGUUUCUGACCGAGACGCAGAGCGGAACGUGGAGUUGGCCGAACACCAGAGACACUGCGUAUCCCCCGACCGGCUCUUCGAGGUGGCGUGUAGUCACGUGCGGUUCAGGCCCCAGCAUGGGGAACGCAGUCGCGGUUAUGAGUUGCUGCACUCACCGAGGCUCCUGGUCGUACAGGACAACGUGGAGGUCGUGGAGCACCGAGAUGCAGCCCUGUACUCCACCGUAAUGGAGACUCCCAGCUACCGGUUCACUAUGGCGACUGCCACCAACAAUAAGCCAGGCUAUGUGAAGAUUCGGGCCGAAGAGUGCAUGCUUCCACACGGAAGACGUACGACAUACGAAACCAUCAACGAUGAAGACGAGGGUGUUUACACGCACAUCGCCAGUGAACGCUUGGAGGAGAACGGCAUGGAGGAACAGGCCAUUCAAAGUGAAAAGGACUCUUCACAUCCUGAAACCCCAGAGCUGACAGAAGGCCGCCUGAUGAUGAUUGAGAUGCAGAAACACAUCGAAUCUGCACUAAAAGUGCAGUCGUUCCCUGCUGCACGCCCAGUGCUGAAAACACAACGAAGGAACUCGACUAAACGAGUGUUUGGGCCACAGCACCCUGACUGCGACCCGAACAAGGAGACCAGCUUCACGCCCACCGAAAGACGUUUGAGUGGCAUUAUUCGAGCAAUCAAAUUCGUGGACCCGCAUAUGACGGAGGAGCAGAGGAAACUUGAUAUCCUGAAAUCAGCGCAGUCCCUGCCAAACGUGGCCUUUCCCGAGAGUCCAAAAAACAGUGGCAGCUCGGGGUACAAGUCAGAGGGUGGGUCCCCAAACCAUAACAACACAAGCGACUCAGAGUAUGGGUACACCACCAUCACACAGCUCAUGACACCACGGCCCCUGAAGGAGCGGCGGCUUGGUCACGUGCCACACAACACCUCUGAGAUACCGAAGCAGUGCUUCAACGCCAUCGACAUACCAGUCUACGACUACGACGAUGACACAGGCAACUUUAAAGAAAAGAGAAACCUGUUUGAGACACGGUAUUACCUCAAUUCCAUCGUCUUCAUGCGCAGCUUCGCAGACAUAUUCUCAGAUAAGCUAGCAGCACCACUGGGUUUCACCAGUGGACUGAAAUCUGCAACCCUCCAGGGCACCAAGAUAUACUGUGAUACCACUAACAAAGGUCACGAUUCCAGACCCGUCAAGAUACGAACAGAAAUUAUCCCUACAAUUUUUUCGGCCAUCUGGCCAAAAGAAGCCCUCAAGUGGAAAACCCGCACGCGUAACCGUGUAUCCGACCCACGCGCAGAUAUGGUAUACACGUGGCCAACUCAGUCCAUGCUGAAGCAGGUGCACAGCCUGGGCUGCCACCUGCUCCCACUGGGGUACAUGCCCACCCGGGGCAGAAAUAACGAGCAAUAUCUGGAGUGGCAGCUUGCGUUCCCAGAAGCAGAGCGAUACCUCGAAACAUGGCUGACACACUCGCAAGUCCGCUGCCUUCUGUUCAGCCUGGCUCUGUACAAGAGUUUCUUGGAGCCCCUGAAUGUGCAACUGGGACUCCUCCCAACGCACAUACGAACACUCUUGUUCUGGCAGUGCGAGCGGAACUACGCGGCAUGGCCAGAGGAUCGUCCUGGAGAGACACUACGCAAAUUACUAGAAAAACUGUAUGAAGCCAUCAUGCAGAAAAAUCUUCCAGAUUACUUCAUUCCAAGAAGAAAUCUCUUUGAGAGCACUCCAAGAACACACCUGUUAAAGGUACAGGAGAAGUUACUGCGUAUCAGGGAAAAUCUAGUGAUGCACACGUUAUCAGCAGUCCGCAACCUGCGUUACGUGGACAAAUCAUUUUAUCCCGUGUUUGACUGCAAAAGACUGUACCAAAUUAUCACAACUGAUAACCUUGUCACACUCCUGAAUCCUCUGCUACAACAGCCCACACUCAACACAGUCACGCCAAAGAUCAAGCAGAACGCGAAGGACGAGGAAGAUGACGAGGAAUUUGAAGAAGAGGCAGAUGACUCUAACAUUGACUUGUGGAAACCAGUGAUUUCAAAGGACCCUCGCAAGAGAUGGAAGCAAGAUGUGAGGGCGCAGAUCGAGACUGAGAGAGCUGCCCUGAAGUUGGCCAAAUCCACCGCACCAAAACCAAGGAGACCAUCAACAGAUUCCAUUGACAUAAAGCUACAGUCAACAAAGGGAGCAGAUGAAAUGAGGAAGAUGGCAUUACUAGAAUUCUUCAUACCACAUUUUAUAGACAUCGCUAAGAAAAGCAAUUCAUUCCGAGCAACACGCCAGGCCAGAUUUUACCUUCAGCACACAGAACGUCUCAUCAGAUUGCUUCGUGAAUGUGAUGGUGGGGAGUCUAAGGCAUGGAAGUACUCAUUUGAGACAAAGACCUUGCGCGAAGCGAUAGGGGAAGAAUCAACGUACACGGCGGGAAGUUCAUCGGGACCAUUCCGAGGAGCGUCACCCAGACCGGCAGACUCGACGGCGACAUUCGCCCAGACAAAGAAAGAACAGUGCACAGGCGAUAUGACCCAAGCAGCGUCUUCUCAAGGAGAGAUAUUCAAAACCGCAAAUCCUUUUCGAGUGAAAAUGGAACUACCCACCAACAAUCUUCAUUCGAUAUUAAAGAAACCUGUAAUAUUAAACGAUCCGUUGCCUUACGCCAAAAAUUCUAAACAACAGUCACUCUCAAAAACAAACAUUACAACAGUUGCAACUGUUCAUGAACCAAUUAGAAAUAAAAUGAGCCAAGCAACUCCUAGGUACUCCCCCAGCCCGCCAAUCAGAUUUGAAGUGACAGGCAGCCCACCUCUGUCCUCGACUGUCGUGCUAAAUGAGGCGGUUACAGCCGAAUCUACAGACUUUUAGGUACCACUGCAGCAAGAGUGUGAUUACAAAACUACAGCGAGCAACACUCGCCGGAUGCCGGCAUACAACGGCUGAAGUGUCUCAAGAACACACGGUCCCAUCGCAGGGGCAUGAGUAAAGAUAUUAAAAAGGAUUUUAUUUUAAAUAUGUUGAGUUGCAGUGCCCAAGAAACAUUACGGUAUAUCUAUGAAGCAGCUCAGAAAAGAACUAAGUACCGACUUAAAAAAUUCAGCAAUGCGCAAAAUGUUCUUUGCGCUUCAUUCUCUGAAAAGACAAAUAUAUUCACAAGUAUUCAUAAACGAAGCCACAUUUAUAGCUUCGAGCUUUCACAGCAGCACUACAGUUGCUGAAAAAACAGAAAACAUUUAAAAUGGACUUAUCCUGUUUUCUUGGAUAACAAAAACAAUUGUAAUAUUACUAUCUGGGACUGAUUUUUAAGAAAGGGUUUUCAAGCACACCGAGGUUCAAAAUUCAGAGCGAACAAAAGUGAUCUGGGCAGUUUAAAAUAUUCAACAAAAAUUAAAGACACACAUGAAUGAAAAUUACACCAGAGGAAAACUUCAAACUUCUCUUUUGCAGCAUGUGGCAGAAGUGGACGAUAGAGGUUCAGCUGUUGACAGAGUAAAAAUGAUGACUCAACCGAAUAAAGUAAACCCAGUUUGCGCAUGGAGCACUUUUAUGGAACAUCCUCCAAAAACCUUGUUGAAAAGUCAUCAGAGGCUUUUUUUUUUUGGAAUAGGACUGAAGUGUACAAAACACUCUCGUGCUCAGUCACCAUUUUACUGCCACAUCAACACGUGCGAUAAUAGUGGCCGUCAUUGGCAUUACGACACUUCCCCGCAUGCUACAAAUUCUUUAAAUGGUGUUAAAUUUCAUUUCUGUAUGCUGAUUACUCGUUAAAUAAAUAUCUGCAAUUGCUCAGAUAAGUUGUGUUCACCUUCUAUUAGGACAGUUCAAAUCAACAUAUUUUUCGGGAACUGUCACAAAUUCAAUCUCCAGCGCCUCCCAUUAACACAGGUUUUGUUGAAAACUAUCAUAGCGCUCAUUACACACUUUCAAGCGUUCGGACUUGCAAACUGUUAAGACUUUUCUGUGCCAAACCGUGGUGGAGGAUAAUUUCCGCAGUCUGACGCAGAUUCUUUUUUUACGGGAGCAGUGGCAGCACAGACUGGGGCAUAGGCCUCGAUCAUACAAAUACUACGACCGUGGGGUCAAAACCCACUCGAGGCAUGGAUGCUUGUCCGCGUCUUUCUGUGUCGUGCUGUCCUGCGUCCAGGUAGAGGCCUUGCGACAGACUGAUAACUCGUCCAAGGAGUCCUACCAAAUGUCUACAUAACUUGGGAAACCUCUCAUGUGUGAGGAGGUCAAGGUCCUUCAGAGACUAUAAAACCAUGGAAUAAACUGGUAAAUAAGUAAAAUGGUUGUAGGAUUUGAGGUUUUCAUUGCGGCGAGUCUAAAGAAGACAUCCAUCUUCAAGUAAAAUGGUUAACUGAUAUUACUUGCAUUCAAAUACAAGUACUUCAGCUUCUAAUAAAUCGAGAAGGCAAACGUUCCUAUACAUUAUAUCAAUAAAAAAUAUAUUUAUAUCAUUAUUGUUAGUUUUGUAUUGUUUUUUUGUGUAAAAAUUUGCUUUUGUGUGUACAGUGACGUAAUGAAUAAAACUCUUAAUUUUAAUUUUCAUCCAGAAAAAGUGACUUCAAGCUCAUAAUGCGGACUUACGCUUCACAACUUCCACAAAUUAAGCCCAGCUCAAAUACCGCUCUUGUCAGUGCACGCGCGGUUGCGUUACAUUUCGUUUAGGGCAGCCAUCGCACUGAUGGGCUGUUACGAACAUGGUAAAGAACUUUCAUGUUCCAUAAAAACUCACGAGAAAAUUUCUAGCAGGGCAACUAUUAGCUUCUCAAUGGUACCGCCACAUGGCAACAGUACUGGUUAUAACAUCGAAAAAUCUGCGCUGUUGCCACGUCAAGUUGAGAGGGAACAGAGCGAGCCAUUAUCAACAUGAAUAACACAAUGUAAUGAAGAUGUACUCACGUCCACGCCGUGUUCCAUGUAAAAGUCCGCGGUGCCCA